CUUCUCUUCUUGACCGUCCAAACUCCACAUACCGUCUCGAGAUGGCACCCAAGAAGGCCAAGAGGAGGCAGGCAGCCGAGGGCGGCUCCUCCAACGUGUUCUCCAUGUUUGAGCAGAGCCAGAUUCAGGAGUACAAGGAGGCUUUCACAAUCAUUGACCAGAACAGAGACGGUAUCAUCAGCAAGGAUGACUUGAGGGACGUGCUGGCCUCCAUGGGCCAACUGAACGUGAAGAAUGAGGAGCUGGAAGCCAUGGUCAAGGAAGCCAGCGGCCCCAUCAACUUCACCGUCUUCCUCACCAUGUUCGGCGAGAAGCUGAAGGGUGCUGAUCCCGAGGACGUCAUUGUCAGCGCUUUCAAGGUUCUGGACCCCGAGGGUACCGGCAGCAUCAAGAAGGAAUUCCUUGAGGAGCUCCUGACCACCCAGUGCGACAGGUUCUCCGCAGAGGAGAUGACAAACCUGUGGGCCGCCUUCCCCCCUGAUGUGGCUGGCAACGUGGACUACAAGAACAUCUGCUACGUCAUCACACACGGAGAGGAGAAAGAGGAGUAGAAAAGAAAAAAAACAAGCAUGAAGACGAACAACAGUACCCCUCACAACUCUACCUCCCUGAUACCAUUCUUUCCCACUCCUUGGUUCCUUUACCUUUUCCUCCCCUGGGCAUUCACCUUCUUUUCCCUCUGUCACUCACAAAGAAAGACUUGUCUCUGUCAUUGAGACACCAAGUGAGAGCUCAGAGGAUUAUGGAUUUGUGCAUGUGUGAGUGUCAAUAGGGAAAUGGGAUCAUUUUCAAUAAAAAGAUCUUAUACCAUCAAAUCUCUCUCUACGUAUCUUUCACUUCCUCUGGUUUCCUCCUCUUUUUCUCCAUCCCUCCCUCUUGCCCUCUGUAUCUCCUCAUUAAUGCAACUGCCAAGUUCUAACUAUGGAGGCUGAACAACAAAAUCUGC